GAGAAGUCAGGAUUCAUGGAUUUGCUGCUCUCAGAACUACAGGUUUAGUUUAAGUAGUGGAUAUUUGAUAUGUGCUAUGAGCAGGAUGGCAGAACGGCAUUCACUGGUGAAGUGAGCAGACUGGUGAAGUGGCCAAAAAUGUGCAAUAGGUAAGCCUGCCACGAGUUCAUUCUGCUGCAAGGGCGCUGCCUCCCCUGUGUAAGUUGUAAGAACGUUAUUUCUAACUGAUGUCAGUGCUGAAAUGACUCGUUCACUGUUCUUUUUUCAUAUAAAAGGGAGUUUAAAGCAAUACAAACGUUGCGUUCAUUGAUGUUGGGGCAAUUUGGAUGAUAGGAGUACACUCAUAUGACUGGCUGUGACAUGGCUCACGAUCUUUCUCUUGUCUUUGUUCCAGUAAUAUGUCUGAUGCUCUUGCAAAUGCAGUAUGUGAACGCUGCCAGGCUCGGUUUGAUCCUGCAGAGAGGAUUGUGAACAGCAAUGGGGAGCUCUAUCAUGAAAACUGCUUUGUCUGUGCUCAGUGUUUUCGUCAGUUCCCGGACGGACUCUUUUAUGAGUUUGAAGGUCGGAAAUAUUGCGAGCAUGACUUUCAGAUGCUGUUUGCCCCUUGCUGCGGGGAAUGCGGCGAGUUCAUCAUCGGGCGUGUUAUCAAGGCAAUGAACAAUAACUGGCACCCAGAAUGUUUCCGUUGUGAGCUCUGUGAUGUGGCCCUUGCUGACCUGGGUUUUGUGAAGAAUGCUGGCAGGCAUCUAUGCAGGCCAUGCCAUAACCGUGAAAAAGCUAAGGGACUGGGAAAGUACAUCUGUCAGAAGUGCCACCUGAUAAUUGAUGAGCAGCCUCUGAUGUUUAGGAAUGAUUCCUACCAUCCAGAUCACUUUAACUGUACCCACUGUGGGAAGGAGCUGACUGCUGAGGCCCGGGAACUGAAGGGAGAACUAUAUUGCCUACCUUGCCAUGACAAGAUGGGAAUCCCCAUCUGUGGAGCCUGUCGCAGGCCCAUCGAGGGACGAGUGGUCAAUGCUCUGGGAAAACAAUGGCAUGUUGAGCAUUUUGUUUGUGCCAAAUGCGAGAAGCCAUUCUUGGGGCACCGACACUAUGAGAAAAAAGGACUGGCUUAUUGUGAAACUCACUAUAACCAGCUUUUUGGAGAUGUCUGCUACAACUGCAGCCACGUGAUCGAGGGAGACGUGGUAUCAGCUCUUAACAAGGCCUGGUGUGUGAAUUGCUUCUCCUGCUCCACCUGCAACAUCAAGCUUACACUGAAGAAUAAAUUUGUGGAGUUUGACAUGAAACCUGUAUGCAAGAAGUGCUAUGAAAAAUUCCCUCUGGAGCUGAAGAAGCGCCUGAAGAAGUUAUCUGAGCUAGCAUCCAAGAAGUCGCAUCCGAAAGCUCUGGAUUUAAACUCUGCUUAAACAGACAUGCUGGCCAAAUUCAUCCUAGGUAUCACACCACUGAAGACCGUAGAUUUAUAUCAAGAUUGAACUUGGCUUACAAGUCUUUCCUUAUGAAAAGCUGCUGUCUCAUUAUAUAAUUUUAUAGUUUACAUUUAUAUUUAUACAUACUGAAUUAAAAUCACUAAUGUUCACUGAGUACACUUGAAUACAGUGAUGCUUUUAGAAAUCACAGUAUGUGAAGCUUAUUUGUAUUCAAAGGGUAUGUUAAUCACAUGCUAUCUUUCUUUAUGGCAAGCUAAUUUGCUCUCUAGGGCUUGAGUCCUGGUCUUCAUUUUGCAAUAGCCUAUGCAAUGUAGGCAAAUAUUGUUCAACCUUCUGUACAGAGUUUCUGAAAGUCAUGUGUUUUGUACUGGAUUAUGCAGACUCCUGUGACUGACACCUCUAAAUCAAUGGUUGGAUAGUUGUGGAAUCGAUUGCAGACAAACAUGCAACAAAUGCAGUUUUACUAGUCUGUAAGGCGCUAUUAAGUGCUGAGGAUACUACAGACUGAGUAAAGGACUUAGCAGCUACUUGCCUGGGUUCAGACCUUGAUGAGCAGGGCUGGAUUCUGCACAGUGUGAAGCUCUCAUUUUAUUACACUUGGCUUGUGCUGUGUAACCAAAACAUGUGGCUGUGGAUUAAAAUAUUGUAAUACUGUACUUG